AUGAGUUCUAAUAAUCAUCCAAAUGGAAUUACAUUUCCUAGUCCCGCUGCUAGUCAAGCAAGUGGGAUGGUGCCGGCGCCUGCAAUGUUGACUUAUCCAUCGGAUAACCACGAAGCUGCUGGUGGUGUCUUAAGUUCUAGCAAUCUUCAAAGUGAUGCAUUAAGCCAACAGGACACGAGUUCACGAAGCUCUGUGCACAACAAACGACCACCACGGAACUUACAGGGUCUGCUGAAGUUUGCUAUGGAGGCCACACAAGCUGAAGAUGCUCCAGGGAACAAAGAUCUAGCGCCAAUGAAUGAAGAGAGGCGUAAAUUCCUUGAAGAAGCUAUAAGGAGUUUGACAGUGAACAUAGCAGAUGUGCUGGACAAUGCCGUCAAAGUACUGACGAACUCAGAGAAGAUUAACAGCAUAAACGAGCAUGACUCAUUACCUGAUGAGGUGAAGAACUCGUUCACAGUGUUGCUGGACCAUGUUGAUGAUCUGGAUGUGGCUAAUGAUUUCUUCAAAAUGGGAGGAUUUGCAAUGUUCCCCAUAUGCUACAGCAGCCAGAAUGAAGAAUUGAGGACUCGUGCAAGCUCUGUCCUGGGCACAAUUUGCCAGAACAAUGAGUUCUGUCAGAAGAGGGCGCUGGAGUGCGGUCUACUGCAUGUACUGCUCAACCUGGUGCAGAAGGAGCAAGGAGCUGCACUUGCUAAGUGCUUAUAUGCUAUUUCAUGUAUGUCUCGUGGUUACGAGCCGGCCUGCCACGAGCUGAUCACGCAGGGAGGGUGCCCUGUACUCGUGGAACUGCUCAGCUCCUCUGACUUAGCUGCCAAGACCAAAGCAGCAUUCCUCAUCAGAUACUUCGGACAGUACUAUGCUGAUGCCAGACGGCAACUAAUAAGACACAACAUCGUAAAAGUCAUCACAUCACAACUACAAACUGGUCGGGAUGACAGCUCGGAGCACCUGCUCAGCAUACUCCAAGUCCUCAUCAGCUCUAAGGACCCCAACACCUUACGACUCUGCAGAGACCCUAAGUACAACCUGAAGAAGAUUCUAGAAGACUAUCUAAACUUACCAGAACUGGCAGAUGAUAGGUUUAUGGAAGAAAAACAGUAUUGUAUGGAAAUAUUAGGCACAGUCUUUGGUAACCGAUCUCCAGUUGAGGAGCCAGCCAGAUAA